GUGCGUGCUGACGCCGCCUGGUUCUAUAUGAGCGCGAGCGGCGGGCUCUCUGCUCCCUCUUCUCAUUUUGCCGCCAUCCCUGAAGGGGCGCUUCCCUCCUGUCUCCCGGCACUGCGCGGCGGCGGCGGAUCCCUGUCUGCUCGGUGUCCCCGGUGUUUAGAAAAAUCCUAAAAUGGCAAACAUAGACAAUAAAGAGCAGGCUGAACUGGACCUACAAGACAUGGAAGAUGUUGAAGAAGUAGAAGAAGAAGAAGAAUCUGGGGAGGAUGCAAACAGUAAAGCUAGGCAAUUGACUGCACAAAUGAUGCAGAAUCCACAAAUUUUAGCUGCUCUUCAAGAAAGGUUAGAUGACCUCGUUGGUACACCAACUGGCUACAUUGAAAGCUUGCCUAAAGUAGUUAAGAAACGAGUGAAUGCUCUUAAAAAUUUGCAAGUUAAGUGUGCCCAAAUUGAAGCUAAAUUCUAUGAAGAAGUGCAUGAACUGGAGAGGAAGUAUGCUGCUUUAUAUCAGCCACUUUUUGACAAAAGAAGUGAUAUCAUAAAUGCCACAUAUGAACCCACGGAGGAAGAAUGUGAGUGGAAAGUAGACGAAGAGGAGGAGAUUUCGGAGGAUAUGAAAGAGAAGGCAAAACUUGAAGAGGAGAAGAAAGACGAAGAAAAAGAGGACCCAAAAGGAAUCCCAGAGUUCUGGCUGACAGUCUUCAAAAACGUUGAUCUCUUAAGUGAUAUGGUUCAGGAACAUGACGAGCCAAUUCUGAAACAUUUGAAAGACAUAAAAGUAAAGUUUUCAGAAGCUGGUCAGCCAAUGAGUUUCACACUAGAAUUUUUCUUUGAGUCCAAUGACUUCUUUACAAAUGAAGUGCUGACCAAAACAUAUAAAAUGAGGUCCGAGCCUGAUGAGUCUGAUCCCUUCUCAUUUGAUGGGCCAGAAAUUAUGGGAUGUACAGGGUGCCAAAUUGACUGGAAGAAGGGAAAGAAUGUCACUUUAAAAACCAUAAAGAAGAAACAAAAGCAUAAGGGUCGUGGUACAGUAAGGACUGUUACAAAAACUGUUCCAAAUGACUCAUUCUUCAACUUCUUCAGCCCACCUGAAGUACCUGAAAAUGGAGAGCUGGAUGAUGAUUCCGAAGCCAUUCUCACUGCAGACUUUGAAAUUGGACAUUUCUUACGUGAGCGAAUAAUUCCCCGAUCUGUACUGUAUUUUACUGGUGAAGCUAUUGAAGAUGACGAUGAUGAUUAUGAUGAAGAAGGGGAAGAAGCUGACGAUGAGGAUGCUGAAGAGGAGGCAGAUGAAGAAAAUGACCCAGAUUAUGAGCCCAAGAAAGAUCAAAACCCAGCUGAGUGCAAGCAACAAUGAAGCAAUGUGUAUGUGGCCUUGUUAUUACCUGCACUGUAAUAAAUUAAACUCAACUGUUAGUUACUUACAGCCUUAUGUUUUGUAUCUUCUUGGUAGAAAGUUAACAAUUUUUUGUUAAAAAAAUAAAUAAAAUUAAACAUUUAAAAACAUGUUUAAAUGGUAAGAUCAUUCAACCUAGUAUUAAGUGUACUUCCCUUCCAGGUAUCUAUAUACAAUACAGGUAUAUACCCUAAAGCAUGUUCUUCACUGCUUCUUAGUUUUUUUUGGUUCUUGUGAAGUCUUGCCAUGUAGCUAUUAGACUGCAGAUGUGAAGAAUUUUUGGGACUGCUAAGACAAGUACUUGGAGAAUCCUCUUCCUCAAGGAACCAAAGUUAUUUCUUUCAACCCAGUAGUUUUAAACCGGUUGUCUGCUUGUAAUAGCCGUGCCUUCGUUGAGUUUGUUCUAGGAAUGCAGUUACUACAUUUAAGAUGGGACAUUAUGAAAACUAAACUUGGCUUUGACUCUCCAACCAGACCAUGUCCACUGAUUCAUGUCUGCUUGUGUAUGCUAUGGGUUUUGUAUUAUGUGACUGCGAUCUACAAAGGAAUAUGAUGGUCAACAUAAGGUUAUUGUUUACCACUGGGGUGUGAAUAAAACCUAGUAUUUUCAGAGGUC